GUGUUUACGACAAAAAUGUGGACAACUUGACUUCAGUAACAUUGUUAAUAAUAUUCAACUCUCAUUGACUGUACAUUGGUAGAAAUAUGGGAAAGCUUAAUGUUGUGGUGUUGAGAUACUUAUCUCGAGACGAUUUCCGGGUCCUCACGGCGGUCGAGAUGGGGAUGAAGAACCAUGAGAUUGUUCCAGUGAGUCUUGUCGCUUCCAUUGCCAGCCUUAAACACGGUGGCUGCAACAAGAUCCUCAGGGAGCUUGUCAAGCACAAACUUGUGGCCUAUGAGCGCACCAAGAUGGUGCAGGGCUACAGGUUGAACAACGGAGGAUACGACUACUUAGCCCUGAAGACCAUGUGCUCAAGAGAAGUGAUCCUAUCAGUUGGAAACCAGAUGGGAGUGGGGAAGGAAUCAGAUAUAUAUAUUGUGGCAAGUCCAGAGGGGACCCAGUAUGCUCUGAAGCUUCACAGGUUGGGUCGUACCUCCUUCAGAAACCUAAAGAACAAGAGAGAUUACCACAAACACAGGAAGAACAUGUCCUGGCUUUACCUCUCUCGACUCUCUGCUAUGAAGGAGUUUGCAUACAUGAAGGCACUGUAUGAUCGAGGCUUUCCCGUUCCGAAGCCCAUAGACUACAACAGACAUGCUGUAGUGAUGGAGCUUAUCAAUGGAUAUCCGCUGUGUCAGGUGCACGAAUUGCAAGACCCAUCAGCCCUGUACAGUGAGUUCAUGGAGCUCAUAGUCAAACUGGCCAAUAACGGCCUGAUUCAUGGAGACUUUAAUGAGUUCAACCUUAUGUUAGAUGACCAGGACCACAUAACAAUGAUCGACUUCCCUCAGAUGGUGUCCACCUCACAUCCUAAUGCUGAAUGGUAUUUUGAUCGUGAUGUGAAAUGCAUCAGAGAUUUCUUUGCAAAACGGUACAAUUAUGAGAGUGAGCUCUUCCCAACCUUCAAUGACAUCAGACGAUCGUAUUCUCUAGAUGUAGAAGUCUCAGCCAGCGGCUUCACCAAAGAUUUACAGAGAGAUGGUGCGUUGCUACACCCAGCUGGACCUGAGGACGAGGAAGAUGAUGAUGAUGAUGAUGAGAAGGACGAUGAUGAAGACUCAACUGACGAGGAAGCAGGAGGAGAAGAGGAGAGUGUGGACAUGGAUGAAUAUAAACAUGUAAUGCUGGAACUGGAGGGUCUCAAAGUCACAGAGACACAUGCAGAUGAGGAGGAGGAGGAGAGUGAAAAAAGGGAAGAAGAGAAGACAGAGAGAGUUCCUGAAGCUAGAAGUGAUGAGGAGACAGAGAAUAACUUGGAGGAAGAGCUGAAUGAAGCAGAGGAUGAAUGCCCAGAACUGGCGGACAUUUCUGCCUCCAACAAAGAGUUCAAACCAUUCAGAGACUCAGACAGCCUUUUUCACAUAGCAGAACACAGGAGGAGGACAGACAGUGAGGCUACAAUGGGCAGCAUAGGGAGCUGCUCUACCAUCCCACCAGAGGUAGUCCGGCAGAAGGUGCGGAAGCAGCUCACCAAACAGCAGAAGGCAGCACAGAGGAGACGUCUGCAGAAGGGAGAAGCCAACUUGGUGACCAAAUCCAGGAGAGAGAAUCAAGUUAACAUCAAGUCUAGUAUGGAGAGCGCCUCCUUCUGGGGAUAAACGGGACUGUGAUCAACAAAGGGAAUACAUGUCAACAUCCUUUUCUAUGGUUAACAUGCAUGACGUGUUUCCUCAUGGAAAAACCCAAGAAAGAGAAUGUCUGCGCAUCAUCUCCACUGUUCCGUACUAUCAUGGAAAAUUCACGAGGGAAGAAUCACAAAACUGAGAUCACAGCACAAUGAAAACAAACUUUGUGUGUUCUUCUUGUUGGCUCUCACAAUGUCAAGUUAGAGGAUUCCCUUCCUCUAUCAAAAGAGCAAUAAACUAUCAACAUUCAGUACAUUGUAAAUAUGGACUACUUAUAAUGAGGUAAUUUGUAUGACAAUUAAACCAUUUAAACUUUA